UGACGAUCAUAACAAUGCCGUGCAGAUGUGGGAACGUCUAGAUGAGAUCCGUAAAGAGGCUAAAGACUGGAUUGGGCAAGUUAAAGAGGAGAACGCGGAAGACUUUGCUAAGAAGACUGCUGAUUGGAAGGCUAAGUUGAAUGCAGUGAGAGCCGCUCGUCUCCAAGAAAGAGCAGAGCAACGCAAGAAGGAACGACGAGAGAAGUGGGCACGGGCUAAGAUUGAUGAGGAACGUCGUCGUCGCGAAGAAGAAGAACGCCAGCGUCAGCAGUUGAUAGACGAACAACGACGAGCAGCUAGGGAGCCUCGGGGUCCGAACAGGCGUGAAAUGGAUAUGGAUUCGAAGGCAAUGGCCGAUUCCGAUUGGCGUGGUGGAAUGCGUGAGCGUCAAGCUAUUCCUACCCGUCCAAUGCCAGGUCGCGAUCGUGAUCUGGGCGAACGUCCGCCAAUGCGCGAACGGGAGAACAUCAUAUCUGAAGCCGAUAGGGACAGCUCUUGGAGACGUGGCAUGAGUACAGGACCGGCUGCACCGCCACCUCCAUCGAGAUUCCCCGAACGCGAACGUGAACGUGCAACUCCUGCACCACUGACCAACGCAGAUAAAGACACAUCAUGGCGAAGUAAUUUGGCUCCUGCGCCUCCUCCACCUGCUUCUGAAACUACUCCUCCUCGUCGGGUUGGACCUCCCACUGGUGGCGCACCUGAAGGUACUUGGGCUCGUGGUAAUGUUGUUAGAAAGGAUCCUGCAGCUACGAAUGGUAUGCAUUUCGCAGUAUUUUUC